AUGAGCGAUGCCAAGAUGACGGACGACGAGGAACACCUGACGCAGCUGCCUAAGGUCGACGUGCUGCGCGUGGACAUCUCGCCCAACCCGACGCACAUCUCGGACGAGCUCAACCUCGAAGUGGACUUUGCCGUGAGCCAGACCGUGCGCGAAGGCUACUGGGAGGUCCAGUACCUCGUCGACUCGGUGCUUCGGCGACACAUUAUCAAGCUAGGGCGCACGGAGGCCACCGACUAUGCGCGUGGCGAGAACCAUUUCCAGUUUACUACGCCCCACAUUGACGUGAGCGACAUCAAGCCGAGCAACCUCGCCAACUGCGGUCUUCUCAGCGCGACGUUCAAGUCCAAGGACGGCGACGCCAUCAUGGACCUCAAGAUGGUCGUCCAAGUGUCCAAGCAAGGCGAGAGCAUGCAACGCAUCAUUUAUAACCCGCUCGAGUAA